AGCUUUCGAAGUCUAAACCAAACUUGAAUAAAUUGGAAGUUUGAGAGUCGGCAGUAACCAAGAAAAUUGAUUGUUGCUAAGGAAAACGCUAUAAAAAUAAGCGUAAUGAUAUCGGCUUAGAAUCACUAGACUGGAAGCCGGCAAAGUGUUCGCUGUGUUUCAAAUCACACAAACUGUUCUAGCAUCAUUUCGGCAGUUCUCUGAGUUAUUAUACCUUUCCAUCAUGUCUUCGUCCGUUAUCGCCGGAGUCAACGUGGAAGAGAUUUCAAAACAUCUAAACUGCUCUAUCUGCGAUAGACUGAUUCGAAGCCCAAAGCUACUUCCAUGUCUUCACUCUUUCUGCCAACAAUGUCUCGAAGAUCUCGCUAAUGCCAACGAAGGUUUCCUUUGCCCGCAAUGCAAAACCGAAAUUCGAAUUCCGAAAGAAGAAAUAGAGAAUUUGCCGAAUAAUUUCUUUUUGGAUAACAUGUUAGAUAUUGCUUUAAUCAACUCGAGUGACUCUGAGCCGGUGCCGUGUACAAACUGUGACUUGAAUGCUACAGCCAACUCACGUUGUAUCGACUGUGGGGAAUUCCUCUGUGGUGAUUGCUACAACGUCCAUAAAAGAAUCCGCCAGACGAAGGAACACAGGAUUCUGACCAUAACAGAGCUUUUGUCUAGUACUACUGGAGAGGUUCUACAUCGACUGGCUUAUUGCAAGAAUCACAAGACAGAGCAACUCAAUUAUUUUUGUGGUACAUGCAACGAAGCUGUGUGCCGAGACUGUCUCAUUAUCGAACACAGACAGCACAAAUACGACUAUAUAUCUGAGUCCAAGAAAAUCCAGAAACACAAAGACGGCCUUAAAAGCCUUCUUGAAGAAACGCUUCCACGUAUUAAGACUAUUGAACAGGCAAACGCAGACAUUAGGAGCUUUAGAGACGCCUUGCACGGUCGCUUAGGGACGGUAAAGUCGGAGAUUCGCGUCAUGACGACAGAGCUAAUUCAAGUUCUCAAAGAAAGAGAGAAACAACUCCUUUCUAAAGCCGAUCAAAUGUUCAAAUUCAAGAAUUCCAUAAUUGAAGACCAACAAAAUGAAUUAUGUCUUGAAAACAUCAAAUUCAAAACCGCUUGUGAUUUUACUGCACAAGUUUUAAAGCAUGCUAACGAAGUCGAACUUCUGCUGUUAAAGGACCCAAUCAAAAAUCGACUGACUGAACUUAACAAGGCUGAACUUAACACCAUACCGAGGGAACGAGGGAAUAUGCGGUAUGAUGUGGACCGUAUCGAGGCUGAUAGGGCAGUAGAACAAGCUUUGGGGAAAGUAAAGUCUUACGGGGAAAUAAAAAUUGAUGAAAACAUUAACGAAAUUGUGAGCCAGAAAGAUGGUGUGCAGGAGAAAGGAGAAAGAAUUCCCGGUGCAACAAAGCCGCCACAAAAAGACUGUAUUUCGGUGGAAGUAAAGGAUUCCAUUGGUGUGGCAAUAUCACAAGAUAAUUUACCCCAAGCAGAUCAAAAACAGUCAAGAGCCACUUUCACACCGAGGGUAAAAGGCGUUUAUUCCAUCAAUGUUUAUUCUUGUGGGAAACUCGUCGGUGACCUUCAAAUUGAUUUCAAGAAUUCCAAUCCUGAAGAUAGCACAACAGACAAACCUUCCGAUCCAGUUCCUCGACAGAGAAGCGCUAAGCAGUCGUUUGCCGGUAGCGAUGGCAAAUUUGGCAAACUGUCUGAUCCACAAGACGUUGCUGUUGACAACAAGGGUCACGUGAUUGUCAGUGAUUCUAGAAAUCACAGAAUUCAGGUCUUUGACAUCAAUGGAAAGUUUCUUUGUCGCUUUGGCAAGCUGGGAACAAGGGAGGGUCUGCUCCAGUCACCCAAUGGGUUAGCAGUCAAUAAAGACGGCAACAUCGUGGUUUCUGACAUGCUAAACAAUAGAAUGCAGGUAUUCACUCUUGAUGGAGAAUAUGUCAAGGGCUUUGGUGGUCAAGGCAACGAUCAUCUCCACCACCCAAGUGGUGUAGCUGUUGACAAAGAGGGCCGAAUUAUAGUGGUUGACCGUGGUAACGCCCGCGUAGUCAUCUAUGACGACGACGGUAACCUAGUAACGAGUUUUGGUAGCUUAGGUAACGGUAGAGGCAAUUUUAACAGCCCAUCUCAUGUAGCAGUGAAUAGCAAGGGUCAUAUCAUUGUUUCAGAUUUUGGGAACGAUCGCAUUCAGGUAUUCAGUUCUUCAGGCACUUUUAUGUUUCGUUUUGGAGAAAGUGGUCGAGAGGAUGGUAAAUUCAAUUGGCCUACCGGUGUUGCUGUCAAUCAAUCAGACCAGAUUAUCGUAAGCGAUUCUUACAAUCAUCGGAUGCAAGUAUUUCAGCCCGACGGAACAUUCCUUAGUCGAUUUGGUAGCGAAGGUGGGAGAGAGGGUGAAUUCAAAAGGCCAGGUGGAGUGGCUGUUACUAAUACUGGAAAUAUAGUUGUAGCUGACUGGGGCAAUGAUCGAAUACAAGUGUUUUAAAACCACCUAUCAGUCAACUUCAAUAUACAUCAUUCAAAACAUAUUGUUUUAUGAAGUAUAGUCUCCCUAGCAUUAAUUUACACAUGCAAGGCUUAACACUGCUGAGAGAUUGUGGUCUCUUUGAGAUAAGUCAUAACUAAAAAGGGCAUUAAUCUCCCUCUCAUCUUUAGUCACUCACCAUAGUUAAUAGAGCAAAUAAUUUCUUUUAAUUAACUAGUAAAACAGUAGUAAGAAAUCGCAAGACACUCUGGGAAUCAAGGGUGAAUUAACGUUAAAUUGCACUGGUCUCUCACUUUUUGACUUGGCAUCACAAAUCCAUAAGUAGAGUUUCUUGGCUCAAUCAUUAAAAGAGUUUUUGUCGUGUUUUCUCCUCCCUCUCUAAAAUCUAGCAUCUGUGAGCUAGUUAAUUAGUUUUAAAAGGUUCUAUAAGAUGCAAGUGUAAUGAAUAUUUAAGACACAAGUCAACAUUAUCAAAGUUUGGGAUUGCCUACAACACUGUUCGCAAUGUUGAACCGUGUGUUGUCAACUUUAGCGCCCUGGUGUAAAUAGAAUUGUAUGGUUGACGGCAUGAACGUUUUGCACUUUUUUUAUAUUUGCACUCCCAAUUGCAUGCGUUUUAAAAAUGUUCUUGAUAGUAUCUGAGACAUUUGGGCAAUCAAGCAUUAAUAUACAAACUGUAAUUUAAAAACUACAGUAUUAUGCUAUCUCUUGUGCAGGAUUAGACAGAUACAGUAACUGUUGAACUUAUAGAGUAUUCAUACACUGAAAUGAAUUAACUGGCUCAUGCUCAUUUUUCGUUAAAGCUUGUUUUAUUUUGAUUUAUGAGUUCUUAUUAAGUGUUAAAUGAAUUUUAUAAAAUAAGAAGCUGUUUUCAAAUUUUAGGUUAAAACAGGUUCUUAUGUAAAGAGGAUCAUGGCUAAAAUGAAAAUUUUGGGCUAAUAGGUUCUUAAUCACUAUGUUGUUAUAUGCGGGCUUUUAGUGUGCAUAAUAUAAGCCGCUAUCAAGUUUAAUAUAAAAAAGUUGCUUUUAAAAAACAUUUAAUGUUAUAAUUUUCUCUUUGGCUAUGAUAGUAAUAACAAUUUUCAAAACAGUACGUUAUAAUUAUGUUACAUAAACGGAGCAAUAAUUUUGAUAAAAAUACUGUUGUAAGUAAAAGGUUUUAUAUCUAUUUGACAACUUCAACAACUUAAAAAUAAUUUCCUUUGAGAAGGAAAGUUAAUUUUUAGUGAAAUAUAAUCAAAUUUACGAAAUUCACUUCAAACAUGCUAAAUGACAUUAAUAUCUUUAUACAUUCAAUUCUAAAUCAUUGUCGGGAUAAAAACAUAGAACAUAGAGGCUGAGGCUGAAACGUAUGGUGCAAAAUGGCGUAAUUAUGUCAUAUACAUUUGCGAUACACAGUGGAUAUGAAACUUGUUAUAAGCCUCCAUGCUUUCUGUGAGUGCAACAAUGUAUGAACAUUCCACGAGUUAUACAUUAAAACCCCGCGUAUAAGAACCUAGAUUUUUCCAGGCCAGCCUGAACAGGUUCUUAUAUAAAUGGUGCUUAAACUUGAAGUAUUAUUCUUAAUUUUUGGUAAUAAAAAUAGAACUUGUAUUGCUGGGUGUGGCAUUUAAUUCAUUAAAUAGAUCACACAUUUUCAUGCUAGCUACAUGGAAUAUGGUAGAGUGCAAACCAUUAAAAGCACAUAAAUCGUACAAAAUAGUGCUAAGUUAUGCACAUAUUAUUGUUUUCUAUUGUUUUGCAAAGUACAGACCCUUUUAAUAAGAACCUACUUUGAAAUUUCUGCCUGAAAAUUUCAGCCUGACAGGUUCUUAAAUUUUACGUUCUUAUACGCGGGUUUUACUGUAUGACUACAUACAUCUAAUCAACGCACUUCCCAUGUACCAUUUCGGUCUCGUCUUGUGUGUUCUAUGCUUUGAACCUGGCAAUGACUUUGCUAUCAAGUGUAUAUGUUUUUCCUGGAAACACGGAUAUGGUGUUAAAAAUAGGUAGAUACCUGGAAAAACUCUGAUACACUAAUACACCUAAUUGAAAAAACGUAGUCGGGUUCAAGAAGGUCAUAUCAUCGAAGCUAAGACCGAAAAGGACUUUGGGUACUCCGAAAUGUGUAUUAUAUUUGCAUAUAGACAUGUGAAAAUGCA